CUGUUUGUAUUUUGUUUGAGCAGAGCAGGCAUUUGGCUUAAACUACUAAAAAUUAUUAAAAUUGUGGCUUCAACAUGACGAAGGCGGACACGCCAAAUUUGCAGGAUAAGCCCGGCAUAUUGAGUUGCGACUUUGAAGUACGCGGCAAAAUACCCAAAGAGGCUUUUGAACUAUUCGCUCUAGCGCAGGCAAAGAUCGUGGGCAUACGUGGAUAUAUAACGCGAGUGUCCGAGGAUUGCUAUAGAGGCGUGCUGCAGGGUGAGGGCAAAGUGAUCGAGGCCUUUAAGCAGCUGAUUGCGACGGCAGGAGAGUAUGUGGCAGCGAUUAAGGAGUUUAUCAUUAAAAACUUGAAGGUUAUUAAGGAAUAUACAUAUGAAGCUUUUGAAGUUAGAGCUAUGUAAGACUUGUCUAAAGUUUCACGAGUAAAAGAAUUUCAAUUCAA